AUGUCCGAUCAAGAGUUCAGAAAAAAACCUUCAAGCGUUAUAUUUGGAGAUAUUGGUACUUCGCCCCUAUAUGUGUUCACUGGAAUCUUCAAGAAUCCGCCUACUGACCCUCGAGACAUUUAUGUACUCCGAGCAGAUGAUAAUGGUGAAGGUGGCACUUUUGCUUUGUAUUCAUUAUUAAGUCGACAUUCUGGCAUUUCUGUACGCGGAAAUUCGAGUCCCGAUGAUUUGACGAUUUCGAAACAUGAUAGUAUAUCAGUUAGUGGCUCUCCAGAAGGUCCAAACUUUAUUAAGCGUAGUAAAACUGUACAAAUUAUUUUACUUGGCGUGGUCCUUAUUGGCGCUUCUUUAGUAAUGAGUGAUGGUCUUCUAACUCCCGCCAUAUCCGUAAUUUCCGCCGUUGAGGGUAUGGCCGUCUCUGCGCCAAGUUUAAAACCUGCUAUUGUUCCUAUUAGCUGUAUUAUCCUCGUUGUAUUAUUUCUACUACAACAAUUUGGCACUGGAAAGGUUGGAAAUUUAUUUGCUCCAAUUGUCUCUCUUUGGUUUAUCGCUCUUGCUUCUGUUGGAAUUUGGAACAUUUCUCAAUAUCCUGAAAUUUUUAAAGCCUAUAAUCCCUAUUAUGCUUUUGAUUAUUUUAUUAGAAAACAAGAUUCUGGG